UAAAAUUUUCAGAAAGAUGUGUUAAAGAUAUAUUUUGGUGCUGAAUCCUGAACUUAUAAAUGGAUACAGUCUACAGAUGGAGGCUUCAGGAAAUUUAAAUCCUUCAAUAAGCAUCCUGAAUCCUACAGGGGGGUGUAAACUGGUGCGAAGCUCUUCUAAAGAUUCAACGUGUACUGAUAUACCAGACGUACCAUCCUUAUCAGCAUACCAGACUUUACUUAGUUCUCAAUCUCAGAGUCUUCAAAUAGAACACAAGAUGGCUAAUCUUAGAGUUUCAUUUAGAUCUGGUCUACCUAUAUCUCGAGGUCCCUCCCCCUCCCCCUGUUUAUCUGACCGGCUCUGUGUUCCCUCUGCCACAUCAAGAGCGAGCUCACCAGCAGCUAAGUCGGUGAAAGAUAUCUGGUUGGAUGAUGAGAAUGAUUUAAUCAGAUCUUGUGGCAAGCUUUCUAGAGCUCUAGGAUUGGAGAAGAGUUUUAGUACAAGUGAUAUAUUAACCUCUCCAGAUAAUCAAGCAUGCCUUAGCAAUUCCAGGUCUGAAUCGUUCCUAUUAGAUGCUGUAAACCUGCAUUGGGGAAAACUGGAACCUAACUCAAGGUCCUUGUCAACCUGGGUAGCUGUUGGAGAUGUUCAAUCUUCCACCUCACAGCUUCCAUCUCCACAGGUCGAACUUAAGGGGUUUGCUGAUUGUAUGUCAGGUGCCCAGUUUACUGCAGCAGAUUUUGUAAGAUCUAUGAACAAAUCUGUCCGACAAAACUAUAUCAAGAAAAGACUUAAGGUAACAUAUAAAGCUCUGGAGCAACUGUCUGAAUCUGAGUUCGAUCUGGAAAAAUUUCUUGAGAAAUCUGUUCAACAAAAAACCACAGGAAAUCAGACUGUUAAACUUAAAAGCACAAACAGAAAAGCCAACAAGGAUGCUGUGGCAAAAGUUCUUGUUACAGUGCACUCAGAUCUAGGAUUGUCUGAGAAAAGAAAGGAAGAUAUUGUUUCUACAAAGGAGAUUGAACGAGACAGGGGGAAACCAAUCAGUAAAUACGAGAGAAACAUCAUGAUAUUUGAUUGGUUGCAUACUCUGGACGAAUCAGCAACCUUUGAAGUGGCCUAGCCUAGCUGGAUGAAAAAGCUUCUGUGAAAGUAAUAAGCCAAUUCCU